GCGCGUGGCUCCACACAAGACACGCAGUCUGCCUCAUCGCUCCAGCUGCUCAACGUAAAAAGGAAUCGUAUACAAUUUUUGGGAGACCACAGGUCGAAUAAGCCAGACACACACGUCCCCCUUGACCAAACUUGUCCGCGUAACGACGUUUUUUUUUCCGGCAAUCGAUAGCAAAAGAAUUCCUCGUCCUUGACGGUCCAAUGUCUUAACACAUCCAGCCGGUCUUCAAACAGGAUCCCUCCGCCCGCAUGCCGUGCUCCAGUGAAGGGACGCCAUAGAUCGCCUCGGAGAUCAAUCCACAACACUCACGGUGAUCAAUCAAAUUCUGUGUGGCCAAGGAGAAAAUCAGCUUUCCUUUAAUUACCUCAAGUAUCCUCCACCAGGAGAGGUUGCUUUGCCGUCACACCGAACAGAGCGGCCUCCUCCACAGAGAAGCUUGGCUUUAACACGCCAUAACAUUUUCUACCCACCCAACCGACGCUACCAAUCACGGAUCGGAGAUCACUGUUGUUGAGCAACUGAAUACAAGAUGUGGAGAGCAGACAUGUCGAACACUGCAGCAGUUUUUUGUCAUUAUCACAACAGUUGAAUUCUAGUGCGGUUCCCAUUACUACAUUUCUUGUAUAAACUGUAAACAGUGUAAUUGGAUUCUUCUUCCUUCUUUACUUUUUUCCGGCUGUUUGUUUGAUUUAUUCUUGUUGUUUUUCCUGUGUUUUUUUUUUUUAUCCAUGUCAGGAAGCAAAAGGAAAAACCAAGUGAACUCGAAGUGACUUUCCUGUGCUUUCGUUUUGUUUUUUAAGUUUCCUUACUAUGAGGCUUAUUAUGGCGGCGGGAGGCACUGUGAGCAGAUCAGCAUGACUCCAGAGACAGCUUUGGAGACGCUACCUCUGGAACCGUGCAGAAUCCACAGGGCUCAGGCGGCUCUGUGACUCUGCCCCACCGUCCCAACCCUUCGGACACCCCCACUUAAGACUUUGGAAUGCUCCGGAACCUCGCGGAUUAAGCUCAUCCCUCCCCCCUCCCCCCCCUACCCCCCAUUGUUACAGAAACCAACUUUUGAUUUAAGAUCUCACCACCCAAGAGGAGCUACGCCGUUCUGUUUAAUAACAGCGUUAUUACUGUGUUUUUUUUCCCACCUCAUCCCAGCGUCACAUGUAGAGCUAAGAAGAACCUGGCAACGCAUUUGCUCCGUUUUUUCCCCCUUUUGUAAUUUCCCGCCUAAAAUGGCGCCAUGCUGGAAAGUGAGCACCUGGUUGGCGUUAUGGGCACUGAGUCUUCUGGGGUGCUGUAACUUUGGGUGUUGUAAGAAAACUGCAAGGACUAGUAGAUCGGGGGGAGGAGGAGGAGGAGGUGGAGUCGAAGGCGUUGGAGGGGAUGGCGGUAGCGAGGAGGACCAGCUCAUGUCCCAUGAGCGGGUGAAGAGAGGAUGGGUGUGGAACCAGUUCUUCGUGGUGGAGGAGUACACGGGCACAGAGCCACUCUAUGUGGGGAAGAUCCACACGGACUCGGACGAAGGCGAGGGAACCAUCAAGUACACCAUCUCCGGCGAGGGGGCGGGCACCAUCUUCAUCAUCGACGAGCUCACGGGAGACAUCCACGCCACGGAGCGCCUGGACCGGGAGGAGAAGGCCUUCUACACCCUGAGGGCCCAGGCGCUGGACCGGCUGUCCAGCGACCCGCUGGAGCCCGAGUCUGAGUUUGUCAUCAAGGUGCAGGACAUCAACGACAGCGAGCCCAAGUUCCUGGAAGGGCCUUAUAUAGGCAGCGUGGCGGAGCUGUCGCCCAUAGGAGCGUCGGUGAUGAAGGUCAUUGCGUCCGACGCCGACGACCCUACCUAUGGCAGCAGUGCCAGGGUGGUCUACAGUGUUCUGGAGGAGGAGAAGAUUUUCACUGUGGAAAGACACACAGGGAUCAUCCUGACGGCGGUGGCGGGUCUGGACCGUGAGACGCAGGACCGCUACGAGCUUGUCGUCAAGGCGACAGACAUGGCGGGCCAACUGGGCGGUCUCUCUGGCUCCACCACAGUCACCAUUGUCAUCACCGACGUUAAUGACAACCCACCUCGCUUUCCACAAAAGAUGUACCAGUUCACGGUGUCUGAGGGGGCCACGGUGGGCACCUCGGUGGGACGCGUCAUCGCCACAGACGCUGACAUGGGGGAGAACACGGAUAUGGGCUACCUGAUCAGCGACCAGGAGGGAGGGGAGCUCUUCAAGGUCACCACCGACGUGGACACCCAAGAGGCUGUCAUCUGCAUCAAGAAGCCGCUAGACUUUGAGAGCAAGAGGAGCCACAACGUGGUGGUGGAGGCGGUUAACAAGCACGUGGACCCGCGCUUCGCCGACCUGGGCUCCUUCCGCGACCAGACCAUCGUGCGCAUCACGGUGUCCGACGUGGACGAGCCCCCCGUCUUCCUGCCGGCCGACGGGGCCCGGCUGGAGGUGCAGGAGGACGCCGCGCUGGGCGCGCUGGUCGGCGUGGUGACGGCCAGGGACCCAGAUGUGGAAAACGCCCCUGUCAGGUUUUCUAUUGAUCGGAGCACGGAUCAGGAUUCCAUCUUCCACAUUGAUCAAGUAUCUGGUGCCAUCACGCUGAGCAAGGUUCUGGACAGAGAGACCGCAGGCUGGCAUAACAUCACAGUGGCUGCAGUGGAAGCAGAUAACCAGGCCAUGGUGUCCCAUUCAGCGGUGAGCAUCCGUAUCCUGGACGUGAACGACAACCCCCCAGAGCUGGCCUAUCCAUACGAGGCCUCCAUCUGUGAGGACGCAAAGCCAGGCCAGCUGAUUCACACCAUUAGCGUGGUGGACCGAGAUGAACCCCAGUCAGGACAUCACUUCCACUUCAACCUGGUCCCAGACGCUUCCAGCAAUCGACACUUCACUCUCUGGGAUGUGAAAGACAACACUGCUGGCAUCCGGACCCAGCGGUCAGGCUUCAACCGCAAUGAGCAGAACGUGUACUUCCUGUCCAUCCUGGUGGUGGACAGCGGGCCGCCCGCCCUGAGCUCCACGGGCACCGUCACCAUCCACGUGUGCGGCUGCGACGCAGAUGGAGCGAUCCAGUCCUGCAACGCUACGGCCUAUGUGAUGAGUGCUGCACUCAGCCCCGGAGCGCUGAUAGCCUUGCUGGUCUGCAUGCUCAUCCUCAUCGUGCUGGUGCUGCUCAUCCUGACCCUGAAGCGCCACCGGAAGGGCCAGCGGAUCGCCGAGGACGAGGAGGACAUGCGCGACAACGUCAUCAAGUACAACGACGAGGGCGGCGGCGAGCAGGACACGCAGGCCUACGACAUGAGCGCCCUGAGGAACCUCUACGACUUCCCAGAGAGCAAGGGCCCCGACGCCGGGCCCCCGGACCUCCGCUCCCUGCCGCAGUGGGUCCAGGCCGGCCGGAACGGCGCCGGCGGCGGCGGCGGGUCGGCGACCGGCGCGGCCACGGCCUCCGCGGUGGCGGCGGCGGCGAACGAACCGCCGGCGGACUUCUCCCUCUUCAAAGGCUACAUCCGCAAGAAGGUGGAGCAGGCGGACGCCGACCUGUCGGUGCCGCCCUACGACUCGUUCCAGACGUACGCCUUCGAGGGCUCCAGCUCGCCGGCGCUGUCGCUGAGCUCCAUCCACACGCUGUCAACGGCGUCGGAGCAGGAUUUCUCCUACCUCAGCGACUGGGGGCCACGCUUCAGGCAGCUGGCGGGCUACUACGCGCCGGCCAACCCGGAGGAGGACGGCUCCUAGCAGAAGGCCGUCGCGAUCGCCCUAGUCGCCCCCCUCCCUCCGACUCCUCCUUCCUGCUCCUCCUCCUCUUCGGCCUCCUCCUCCUCCUCCUCCCCUCACCCCCUGACCUCGGUCGGAUCAUCAGACAGGACUGGACCCUCGUGAGAACAGAGAGCACCUCCUCUUUGAUGGGAUAAUGACAUGAGGCGGCGCCACACUUUGAACUCCACUUUGGUAAAGAACUUUCUUACGACAAUGCGAUUAAAAGCAAGACUGAAACCCCUUCUGUCGAGAUGGUUUUUUCACGACAGUUCCUCUGUGUUUUCCGAGUGUCAAGACACGAAACCGAGGUGUGGAUAUGAGAGACAACGCAGUAGCGCAUAGAGUUACUCAAUCAUCAUCUGGCGAGGCGGGAGUACACACCGAGAGGACAUGUUGAAAGGGGGCACUGCCAGCACACCAAGCAGGAAAACAUUACCAUUCAAAUAUGUCUCCAGGCAGAGUAUUCUCUCUCAAGUCACUGACAUUAAUCUUUUCUUUUUUCUUCAGCUGUUGCAAACAGCAGGAAGAAUCAGCGUUCAAAAUGAAACCAGGAAGGGGGAGAUUUUUUUUUGUGGAGGGGUGGGGGGGGUUUGCGAUUUUAACAGGCCAAGGCAAAACUAUCAAAAAAAGCUAAAGUAUUUAUUUAAGGAGAAAAUAUUUAUGUAUUUAUUCAUUUCUAUGUAUUUAUUUAUUUAUUUUGAACCAUGAUCCACAUUUUUGAAUGAGGAGGAUGGAGAGGGGGGAGGAGGAAAGUGGAGAAUGGAGUGAGGCUGAACAUGGACGUGGAGGAAAAAUACAAAAAGAGGUUUGAGGACUCUGAGACCGUACUGUCAGGGACAACACAGAAGGACUAUUGGGAUGGUCAAACCGUCGUGUCUGGUUCACAGCAGAUGUACAUUUUGAUUUAACUUUGACUUUUUUUUCUAUUAACAUUAUUUCUUACAAAAUGAAAAAAAUCACUUGUAUCUUUGACUGCUAGUGGAAAGGGUUAUCAAAAGAAAGACAACAAUGAUUAAAAACAGUGUGAUUAUAAAAGAGUUGUUGAUUCAGUUUUAUAUCAGUUGGAUUUUUUAAUAAUUUCCUGUGUGUUUUUAUUGAUUUUAUUUUACAAUGAAUUAAAGUUCAAGUGUCUUCGUAGUUUUAAUUGUCAUAAAUUAGGGACAAUUAUUUUUACAUACAUUAGGGACAAAUAUUUUUCUCUUAAUAGCCAGUUAUAAGGCAAUAAGGCACAAACAGCACGAAUGAUGUAAGACUAAACAAAAUGUUAUUUCAUACAUAUUUUCUGUGUGAGUCUGUAUUAUGCGUUCAUAUCAUUUUAUAUUCUAUGGUAUUUUAAGUAUUUUUCCCUUUAAAGUUUGCUGGGGCGGGGAAGGGGCAAAAUUAUGAUUUCAAAGAUGGAUAUAUAUGAAGUUUAAAUGGGACAUGUACUACUGACAUUGGCCACCACCAUACUGGUGUCCCACAAGCCUCCUCAAUGUUGACAUAAAUUUGCAAAUGUAUGAGGAAUUUAAUAAUGAAAUUAAUGAAAAUCAAUAAAUAUUUAAGUUUCCAUUUGUUAAAGCCUACCUCUUACUGUCUACUAUCUAUUAUAAAAUUUUACUCGAUAAUCCAUGAUUUCUGUAUUCCUAAUUGUUGUUUGAUGAAGAUGUCUUUGGAAUGAACAAUAAAUAAUUGUAUAUGUCA